AUGCAAGGACAAGGAAUCAAAGAUCUCAUUAUCAAUUCAAUCAAAAUUGGUUAUCGUCAUUUUGAUUGUACUGCUGAUUACAAGAACAAAAAUGAAGUUGGAGAAGCGUUUAAAGAAGCUUUUGAUACUGGAUUUCAAAUUUCAAUUAAUUUCACUGCCUUGCUACAAACGAAAAGAAAUAAUAUCAGUGGCUCGAGUCUAAAAUUAAACAUUCAAUCUGCAAUAAAUGGUAGUAGUAACAAAUUAAUUAUAUUUACUUCUAUUUUUGUCAAGAGGGAAAAUCUUUUCAUUACCACCAAGUUAUGGAACUCUAAUCAUGGACAUGUUGUUGAGGCUUGUAAAGAUAGUAUUAAGAAGCUUCAGUUAGAUUAUCUUGAUUUAUAUCUUGUUCACUUUCCUGUUGCCACAAGGCAUACUGGGGUUGGUACCACUGAUAGUGCUUUGGGUGAAGAUGGUGUCCUGGAUAUAGAUACAACCAUAUCCUUGGAAACUACAUGGCAUGCGAUGGAAGGUCUUGUCUCAUCGGGCUUGGUUCGCAGCAUAGGGAUCAACAACUAUGAUGUCUUUCUGAAUAGAGAUUGCUUAGCAUACUCCAAGAUUAAGCUUGCUGUGAAUCAAAUUGAAACUCAUUCAACUGCUAAACAGAAAUCAAUAACAGUUAACAGUUAA